AUGCUCUGGAUCAUGAGAUUUUCCGGUUUAUUCUCCGCCGCUCUGGUUAUCACCGUCCUCUCUCCAUCUCUCCAAUCGUUUCCUCCAGCGGAAGCUAUCAGAUCCUCUCACCUCGACGCUUACCUCCGAUUCCAGACCUCCGACACACCGCCGCAUAGAUUCUCUUUCAGAAAAGCCCCGGUGUUCCGCAAUGCCGCCGAUUGCGCCGCCGCCGACAUCGAUUCCGGUGUCUGCAACCCUUCUCUGGUCCACGUCGCGAUUACCCUCGAUUUCGAGUACCUCCGCGGCUCAAUCGCCGCCGUGCAUUCGAUUCUCCAGCACUCGGCGUGUCCCGAGAGCGUCUUCUUCCAUUUCCUCGUCUCCGAGACUGGCCUAGAAUCCUUGGUUCGUUCGAGUUUCCCCGAAUUGAAAUUCAAGGUUUACUAUUUCGAUCCGGAGAUUGUGCGGACUCUGAUCUCAACCUCGGUGAGGCAAGCGCUCGAGCAGCCAUUGAAUUACGCUAGAAAUUACCUGGCUGAUCUGUUGGAGCCCUGCGUGCGCCGCGUCAUCUACCUGGAUUCCGAUCUAAUCGUCGUCGAUGACAUCGCCAAGCUCUGGAGGACGAAGCUGGGAUCGAAAACGAUCGGAGCUCCGGAAUACUGCCACGCGAACUUCACCAAGUAUUUCACAUCGGCGUUCUGGUCAGACGAGCGGUUCUCCGGAGCUUUCCAGGGGAGAAAACCGUGCUACUUCAACACCGGAGUGAUGGUGAUCGAUCUGGAGAGAUGGAGGCGCGUGGGGUACACGGAGGUGAUCGAGAAAUGGAUGGAGAUUCAGAAGAGCGAUAGGAUUUACGAGCUGGGGUCUUUGCCACCGUUCUUGCUGGUAUUCGCCGGAGAAGUAGCGCCGAUAGAGCAUCGGUGGAACCAGCACGGGCUCGGCGGAGAUAACGUGAGAGGGAGCUGCAGAGAUCUUCAUCCGGGUCCGGUUAGCUUGCUUCAUUGGUCCGGUAGUGGUAAACCGUGGUUCCGGUUAGAUUCGAGACGGCCAUGUCCACUGGAUACUCUUUGGGCGCCUUAUGAUUUGUAUGGACACUCGCGCUGA